AUUAAGAAAUUGCGGAAAAAAAGGCCCAUCCCAGUUAGCCCAUUCUGAACCGCACUGGUGCCCACUAUAUAAUCCCCAGCCACACACUUCUUCCACACUUCACGCACCUAGGGUUUCGCCGCCGCCGCCGCCGCUUCUUCGUCCCCGCCGCGACGAUGCCGUCCCACAAGACCUUCCGCAUCAAGAAGAAGCUGGCGAAGAAGAUGCGCCAGAACCGCCCCAUCCCCUACUGGAUCCGCAUGCGGACCGACAACACCAUCAGGUACAACGCGAAGCGCAGGCACUGGCGCCGCACCAAGCUUGGGUUCUGAGCAGGAGGUAGCACCGGUUGCUGCCUGCGGAGGCUAGGGUUACUGAGUUAUCUGCAUCAUUUUGUUUUAUGGAUGUUUCAGUGUUUAUGCAAGCUUAGGAUGUGAUUCCAGGAUGCUUUUUAUUAAGGUUUUCUGAAAUGUUAAGUGUAGUUGUACUCUGGUUUACUGAGGAUACCAUGCUAUGCUGUGCUGAGUAAAGGAACCAUUCCAAUAUAUGUCUUUUGAAGUUAUUUCACA